AUGGUUAAGGGGAAACUUUAUGGCCACAAGGACAACUUCAGGACGCAGAAGGUCCUGAUUGCGGCGAAGCUCGGGAAUGCCGACUUGCAGCUGGCCGGCGAGGUCCCGCCUGCUGAUAAGUUUCCACUUGGCGUGACGCCAGCAUUUGAAGGUGACGUCAACCUUUUUGGUGCUGAGUCAAUUGCCAUCCAUGUAGCUGGUUGUGAAAGUACAUGCGCCAAGAACUGCGCUGAAACCGUACAGUGGCUCCAAUGGGCCGAGGGAACUUUGCUUCCAACAGUUCUUGGAUACGUUCUUCCGUCAGUUUCGGCUGCGCAUCUUGACAAGAAGGUUGGUGAUCAUUCUUCACUGGUUGUUGACACUUACAAGGCGGAACUCUUUGCUCAACUAACACAUCUUGACGAAAUCCUUCUAUCGAAAACCUUCCUCGUCGGCGAGCGUCUUUCUUUGGCAGAUGUUUCUGUUGCUCUAGACCUGCUUCCUGCCUUCCAGCACGUUCUUGAUGCUGCGAUGCGUAAAAAGUUUGGAAAUGUCACGAGGUGGUUCCAAACUAUCAUGCAUCAGCCUGCCGUAAAGGAUGUGGUAAAGGACGUACAACUCUGCGACAAAGUAUCACAGUUUAACCAAGCAAAGUUCAACGAGAUCUCGUCUAAACACCAGCCACAUGCUAAACAUACUCCAAAGAAAGAGGGUUAG